CAUCCAUCAUCAAACGUCCUCCCAGGCUCUCCCAAUCUAGGGUUUCGACAACUCAUACUACACUUUUGCUUUCUCUCCCUCUCUCACGCUCAACAAAGUAUGGCUGAAGAGGGGCAGCAUGUAUCGGAAGCAGGAUCGAACAAGAGGAAGUACGAUGAGCCGACCUCCUCCCCUUCUCCGGUGUCACGCAGGCCUACUGGGUUUUCCGGGCCGAUAUCUUCAUCGUCUCCGCCCGAUCGUUUAGCUUCCACGGGCCCACCCCCUUCGGCGUACAACAGCGUACCUCCUCCGAUGGACGACUUCCAGCUAGCAAAGCAGAGGGCUCAGGAGAUCGCUGCUCGACUGCUCAUCAACACAGAUCCAAAAAAGCCAAGGGUUGACAACGGUGGUGCCGCUGGUCCGUAUGAAACAAGAGAGCCCCAGAAGCAAACGGGGUCUACUUUUACUUCUGGAAGUGGUUCAUAUGGGUACCCUGGUCCAAGCAAGAAAAUAGAGAUACCGAAUGGAAGGGUUGGUGUGAUCAUAGGAAAGAGUGGUGAAACAAUUAAGUAUCUUCAACUCCAAUCUGGAGCAAAGAUACAGGUGACUAGAGACAUGGAUGCUGACCCUAAUUCUCAAACUAGAGCGGUUGAACUAAUGGGCACUCCAGAGCAGGUAGCAAAGGCUGAACAGCUGAUUCAAGAUGUUCUUUCUGAGGCUGAUUCAGGUGGGUCUGGCAUUGUUUCACGAAGGCUAACUGGACAGCAGAGUGGAGCUGAGCAAUACGUGAUGCAAGUUCCUAACAGCAAGGUCGGCCUUGUUAUUGGAAAAGGUGGAGAAACCAUUAAAAACAUGCAAGCAACAACAGGUGCCCGUAUUCAGGUGAUACCCUUGCACUUGCCACCCGGUGACACUUCAACCGAGAGGACAGUACAGAUUGAUGGAACAAGUGAUCAGAUUGAGCAUGCUAAACAGCUUGUCAAUGAGGUCAUUAGUGAGGUAUACUGGUUGUGCAUAGUUGUUCGAAUUUAUUAUUUAUAUUUGCUUGAAAUGUGAACCAAAUACUGUGCCUACUUUGUGUGCUCAAUUCAAGCUCCUAUCUUCUAAUUGCAUGUGUCGUAACCAAGUUUACACAAGUGUGUUAUCUCACUGUAAUACCUAUUGUGUGACUCUAAAAAGCAUUCCUUAGUCACCCCUGUGGUCUUUAAAUGUCAUCUUUGGAGUCUUCUAUCUCAUAAUUAUUGAUCUUUCUACUACAAUGUAGUAUUAUCAUCAAUAGAAUUUAGUAGAAUAACUACUUCUAACUUUUAUGCCAUUACCUGCAUUUGACAAUUAAAUAAUAUUUUUCUGACUACAUCAAACCCAUUGAAUAAUUCAAUAUUAGGGUUAUAUGCAUAUAUUGCUCCAUUCAUCUUUGAAUGUACAGCCAGGUCAAUUGAUAUUCUGUAGUUCGUGCCGAAUGACCCUGGAUGAAGGUAAUGUGGCUUUGUACAGUACCCUUAGUUGUAAACUAGGAACUUGCUUAAUAAAAUUAGUGAUGAGUUAUUUCAGAGUUUGGAAAUUGGUUAGGACUGCUAUCACUCGAGUUAAAUUUCCCAACCUUUUAUUGAUACUCUAACUUUUAGUGUCUAGAGGUGUCAAUACUAUUUUGAGUUGUUGGAUAUUGCAUUGAAAUUCAGAUGUCUUAUUUCAUGUGAGGCAGGUUCCACCAAGCCCGUGACUGAGGUAUGAAGGCAGUUUAUAAGCUUCCCUAUUAGAGUUUGACCUUAUCAGUUAUAAAGUUAUCCCUGCCUGAGACAUGACUCAUUUUAUUUACGAGAGGAGUAGAUUCAUUUUCUCACAUGUUGCAGUAAUCAAUGCCUGCUUAACAAUAAAACUAGGAUUUAUUUUUCCAAUUAGGUUCAAGCUUAUAGAGUGUAUUGCAUAAGUUGCAGCCAUGGUGAUCUCAGAAUCAUGGUUGGCAAGAGUGAGGACAGCUUGGGUAUUUUUGAGUUAUUUUUACCUCCGCUAAUUGAAUAAAAUGAGGAACACAAAUCUCUUCAAAAAAGCCACUACGAAUUUGUAUGGAGUAUUUAAAGCCCUUAUUAACAGUUCAACCAUGCUCCCGUUGUAUUCAUCUAGAGAGGGUGAUCUGAGAGGCCUUGAGUGUAAAAGUUGUAAAAGAUACUGGACCAUCUUAGUAUUGUGACACCCUUUUAUUGCCUCAUUCAUUUUCACAUUUGAAUGACUUAUUUUGUCUAUCAGACUGUUCUUUUAGUGCAGGAGUAUUUUUGUUUAUAUUUUAUCUGUUCAUGAAGAGUUUUCACUUGAAAGUUUUCGACAUAAGAUGUGGGUAGUUAGUUGUGCUGAGGGAGCCUCAGGACUAUACUCAUGUUCAUUUAGUUUAAAAUGCAAGGAAGGAUUUGUGUUCAUGCAAAGUCCAAUAUAGAAAUGUAUCUAUAUAUUUGAACUUGUAUAGUUUUUUUUUGCUCUUUGCUUUUGCGCUCAUAACUUGAAUUAGGGUGAGGAUGGGCCUCUGCAGGAGUUUUUGUCCCAAUCAAUCAGUACGGUAUGUUGGUGUCUAAGCUCCCCCCUAAUAAAACUGUGUUCUAUAUGAUAAAUAGCUUCAUCUGUGUUGAUUGUUGCAUUUCUAUGCUGCUGGUUUCUGUAUUUAUUUAUUUAAUUAUGCAUCUGAUCAUAAUUAUCUCUGAUGUCUAUAGCAAAUGUGUUAUGGGAUAGCUUUUUUUGGCUCAUUUUAGGCGAUUUUGUGCAGAAUCGUGUGAGAAACCAACCAUCAGGUGGGACAUAUCCUCCACAACAAGGAUAUCAAGCACGGCCUCCUUCAAACUGGGCCCCACCCAGUGGACAAAUGCAGCAACCUGGCUAUGGUUAUAUGCAGCCUGGAACGUAUCCUGGCCAUCCACCCCAAUAUAACAUGCCCCAACCCCCCUAUCCUGGUUACCCCCCUCAACCGUCAUCUGCAGGAUAUGGCCCUACUUGGGAUCAAUCAAAUUCAAAUCUGCAGACAGGUGGUUAUGAUUACUACAGCCAGGUUCCACCUGCGCAGCAACUGCAAGCAUCAGGAGGAUCCGGUGCCCCUCCUAUGGAUAACAGCGCGCUUGGCUACAGCCAACAGCAAUCUUCUGGCUAUAAUCAUUACAAUCAAGGACAGACUUAUUCCCAAGAUGGGUACAGUGGGUAUCCUGCGCCUCAUUCUGGGGGUUAUGCAGGAGGUCAGACAAAUGCUGUCUCUGGAUAUGAUCAGCAGCAGCAAGGGUAUCACCGCAAUUCCACCAACCACGCACAGGAAACCCAAACUUCUUACAGUGGAACACAGGGUGAUGGAAGCCAAGCACCCCCUCCAGCCAAUCCUUCAACGGCUGCUGUGAACCAACAACAUGGUUACCAAACUAAUAACCAGAACCCUAGCCCUAAUGCCAAUUACCCACAGCCAGGUUAUGCACCUGCACCCACGUCUCAAGGUGUUGGGUAUGGAAUGCACCAACUUGCUCAUGGAACAAAUUAUGGUCAACCCCCGUCUCAAAAGCCCUUGACCAGCCAACCAGCUUAUGGUCAGCUGCAACAGUCACCCCAGGUAUACUCUCAGCCCUCAUCAUCUGCUUUACCUGGAUAUGGUCCCGUGCAAACUCAAACUGGUUAUGGACCCCCGCUCUCAUAUGGUGCCCCCCCACCUAUGAGUCAAUCUGGAGUGCCUUAUAAUGGCACUUACGGUGGUGGUGGUGCAUAUUUACAGCCGCCUUCUGCAGCAUACUCUUCUGAUGCAACCACUGGUGCUCCAUCCCAGCCAGCUGGGUUGGAAAAAACGUCUCCACAGAGUUGAUUUUCUUAAUUGGAUGCAUGGCAUUGUGAAGUUUUCAUAUGUUUAGAAUCUUGCUGUUUUGGUAGUCAUCUUAAUAUAUAUGCCUAUGCCCUUUGUCACCGUUUUUGUAUCUGUCACUUUCAGUUUAUUGCAUAAUUUGAUGUUUAUUAUUAUGGAUUAAUAAUUGGUGGGGGUACUGACUGCACUAAUCCUAUGUUUGUUCAUGAGAUUUAUUGUGCGCUCUCGGAUGUUCAACUUUAUUAUUUGCAUGGUUAUAACUCUGAAGGUUACUCUUCCUAAUGCCUGCUAAUAAAGUUGCCUUGGAAA